UAUCACAAUGUUCUGCCUCCUGAUAGUGUUGCUUACCGAAGAGCUCGACACGUGCUUAGUGAAAAUUGGCGCGUUCUCGAGUCCCUUAAGGCGCUGAAAACAGGCCAGCUCGACUUGCUUGGUAAAUUGAUGUAUCAGAGUCAUGCUUCUCUAAGGUUAGUCUAG